GUCACAUGUGUAUUAGGACCAGUCAGUUCCAAUUCCACAUUUAUUAUAAUCAAGUAAUUUAAAUAUCCCUAUGAUAGAUUCGUAGAUACGCUCGUCGUAUGAUUCUAUUUUUUUUUUUUAAACAUAAUGUUACAAUCGCAUUUGUAAUGAAACAACGAAUAGCCUUACCGACCAAUUCUUCCUCAGCUUUUCGGCAGUAUAUAAAUCAAAUUUUACAGCAGGCUCGCUGUAUCGUUGACGUGUUAAAAAACACAAAGGUACUCUCAAGCGACCUAUCAUCCUUUCAUUUCUGGUCGAAAAAUGAGAGAAGUUCGUUGGUAAUUCAUUGCAUUUAUAUAACUGAUUGUUACAAAUUUCAACGAGCUUCGACCAUCACACAAAGCACCCUCCGAGGUAUAUAAACACCCGAUCGAAACACUUCUCUUAGUUCUUUCGGGACAACUAUUUCAACCAGCCGCAGUUCUUCUUGUAAGUAAAUUUCUCGACAUAAUUUCUCGACAUAAUCAAAUCAUUCAAGCACUCGUAUUUUCGCAAUCAAUUAAUCGACGUAUCACUCGAUCAGAAAGGCUACGUCGAGGUCCAACCUUCAUACACUAAUCAAAUUGAAUUGUUCGUAAGGAAAACGGAAAUUGAACAAACAUAGAAUCCGUGAAUCUGCGUCGUAACAAUAUAUUUUUUUUUUUUUUCUUACCGAAACUAUUGAAUUAACGUUUCUGGCGACUGUGUAUGACUCCAUGAAGUGAGAAAACUUGUAUAACAAAAUUGUUCAAUCUCAUAUCGCGUUAUUUUUCCUUGAUAAUGUGAAUUAAUCUUAAGUUUACGAUGAGAAAGCAGCUUGAGCGGUUACCAUUGAGAACCACUGACGCGAAGAAUUCACGCGUUUGUACAUGUCAAUCGUGAUUAAGAGCAAGAAAAGGGGAAUAUUUUUCGAAGGCAAAGCAAAUUAAUGAGGGGAACAAAGCGAUUAGAAAAAAAAAUGAAAAGGCGGACCCCGUCUUUGUUUAGUUAUUUUUACCGCUAUUUUUCCCCCAGGGUGAAAUGAGCACAGGAUCGUCGGAAGAAAGAGAAUAAAAAGAAAGGAUUCUUUAUCUUCGCCGCGUUCAUAGCACAGUGUAUCUGGCUUCACGUGUCGUUAUUCCGUGCUGAUGAAUAUUUACUUGCGACGAUUGCCAAUAGACAGAACUGUCACGCUGGUCAUUUACCUGCAGCCGGAUGUGUGAAAAUUCUUGGCAGCUGUUUUACCGAAAACAGAUCGAAACUCGUGCCGAGAAUUUCGCAAAAUUAAUGUCGUGGGUCUAGCCGAGAGAAGGGAGAGGCCCGUGUUUGGGGAGAAGGUGAAAGUGAGAACCGUCCACGAACAUAACCUAAGAAUAGGUUGCAUGCGCGGCUGUCGCAGAUUUCUCGGAAUUUACAACAAUGCAGCAUUGCUUUUAAACAUUUCUUUGACAUGAUCUUCUCAGCGAGUUGUCUUCUUGAUGAAUGACUUAUCAGAAACGGAGGUAAGAACGAGAAAAUAUGGAGACUUGCAACGAAGGAGGCGACCGGACCUUAACUGACACUGCGAUAUCGCAAAGAAGUUGGUCGGAAUUGAGAGGUGUUGUCAGUGAUUUACGUAGAAAAUUGUCCGGUGUGUCUGUAGGCUCUGUGCCUGGAUCUAUAACGUUUCGUUCGUUACCAGAUGGACGGACCAGAAUAUAUUUUCUUAGUAGUCCGAGCAAUGGAUGGGAAACUACGUUACUAUUUGUGGAUAUUGCACAUUCGGAUCAUGCGAAUGGCUAUCGCCUUCAUUGGCAACCCAUCAUAGAAGCAAAUUUUCAAACUGUUUCAAGUACCAAAAGGCUAUCAAGGGAAGAACAGUUAUUAUGGGAAAGGAAACGAUUAGCUACGUGGGGUAUCACUAGCUAUGAGAUUCACUUAGAUAGUGGAAAAUUAGUUUUUCCAGCUGCAAGCAGCCUUUAUCAAUGCAUAGACACAGGAUUCAUGGCUGGGCCUCUUUUUCCAUCUGAAAUUCGUAUGUCAACACCAGGUGCAAAAUUAUGUCCACAAAUUUGUCCAUGGAAUAAUGCGUUAAUUGCUCAUACGUGCUCGGGCGAUCUGUACCUGUCUCAUAGUAUCACAGGUUCUUCUGUAAGGUUAACUCAUGCAAGAAAAGGCGCCAAAAAUUUAACAAAUGAUCCUCUUACGGCAGGAACUCCUUCUUAUGUAAUGCAAGAGGAAUUUACUAGAUAUACCGGUUAUUGGUGGCAGCCGAAUUCUAAUGACGGUAUCUAUAGAAUAGUAUACGAAGAAAUUGACGAGAGCGAUGUAAAAAUAUUUUGUUUCCCAUCAACAUCAAAUACCGAAGAUAUCGAUGAAUUCAGAUUUCCUAGAGCUGGUACUCCUAAUGCGAGAAGCAAUCUUAAGAUAGUACAAUUUCGAUUAACAGAAACAUUACAAAUUGUUGAUAUUGAAAUAUUAGAACUUCAAUAUCCGUUGCAUAUUAUGUUUCCAUGGAUGGAAUACAUGUUGUUGGACAGAAAGCAACAGAGGCUGGAAUUAGUUCUAUUAUCGAUAGAUAAUUUUUGUGAACCACCACCUAAUGUAUAUAACUCAGAAAAUCACUUUACACCAUCAUCGGCGAGUGUUCAAGUAAUAUAUUCCGAACAAAGUUCAAUCUGGAUCAAUGUUAAUGACCUUCUUUAUUUUUUACCAUCCGAUGAUCCAACGGAAGUAAAAUUUAUUUGGGGCAGCGAAGAAUCUGACUUUAGACAUCUGUAUCUUAUUACGUCUAGCAUAGCAGGUUUAAAUAACGAAGUGGAAGAACCAUUGGAUAAAAUGGAUAGUAUUUUUUUGCAACCUCGAGUUACUUCGAAAGUUGCUUUGACUCAAGGAGAUUGGGAAGUUCUGGGUAAAAAAUUAUGGGUAGAUGAACUCAACUCUAUUGUUUAUUUUUGCGGUUUACGUGAAGGUCCACUAGAGCAGCACGUUUAUGCUGUAUCUCUUCGUCGUCCGUUGGAAGUAAGAUUACUUACCAGGCCAGGCUACAGCCACAACAGUAUAUAUUUUAACAAGGAAUGCACGAUGCUAGUGACUGUUUAUAGUUCCAUCAAGACGUUACCAACUUGUCAAGUAUUUAAAAUAUCACAAUCAGAUUGGACGGUAGAAAGCAUUUCUUUAACGCCUGUAGGUUAUUUAUUAGAACCAUCCGCCCUCGAAUCCGAAUUAUUUGCUCCGGAAAUUUAUACACAUAAAAUAUCAUCCAAUGAUACUCUUUACUCAAUGAUCUUUAAACCACAUAACUUUCAAAAUGGUGUAAAAUAUCCCACGAUAUUGAACGUAUACGGUGGUCCUGAAGUACAAUUAGUAUCGAAUACAUUCAAAGGAAUGAGGCAUUUAAGAAUGCACAUGUUGGCUGCUCAAGGCUAUUGUGUAGUAUUAAUUGAUUCUCGUGGUUCACAUCACAGAGGUUUAAUAUUUGAAAGUCAUUUACAACAUAGAAUGGGAACUGUCGAAUUAAAUGAUCAAGUGGAAGUACUAAAAUGGUUAGCGGAAACUACUGGUUAUAUUGAUUUAAAUCGUGUGGCAAUUCACGGCUGGUCUUACGGAGGAUAUUUAAGUCUUAUGGGCCUAAUACAGUAUCCAGAAAUAUUUAAGUUAGCUAUCGCUGGUGCGCCAGUUACUUCUUGGAAUUUUUACGAUACUGGAUAUACCGAACGGUAUAUGGAUUUACCACAAGAUAAUCCUCAUGGGUAUAUGUCUGGUUCAAUUUUGACAUAUGUGGAUAAAUUUCCCGAUGAAGAAAAUAGAUUACUGAUCAUUCAUGGUCUCAUAGACGAAAAUGUACACUUUUUUCAUACAAGUCAAUUGAUCAAUGCACUUGUAAAAUCUGGGAAACCAUAUCAAUUGCAGGUUUACCCCAAUGAAAGACAUAGUCUCAGAAGUCUGGAUGCUAGUAAACAUUAUGAAACUACGUUGCUAUCAUUCUUACAGAAUCAUUUAUAAAUUGAUUACUCUUAUUCAAGUACAUAUAUAAUUACAGCGGCAAAUGCUGAUUGAAAUAUUUUAACAAUUUAAUUGACUGCCAUUACGUUUAUGUACAUAGAUUGAAUAAAUUAAAAAUUAUUUUUCGCGUCGUUAUGUUCGCGAUGGUGUUGCCUAAUGCAAAUCUAACAUUCUGUAUGAAAACUCCGAAAUCAUUACUUAAACAGUAUUAUAAUUUUACUACAAGAAGUUAAAAUAAAACAAUAAUUAAAAAUUUUAUGCAUAUAUGGAGAAUAAUAUUUCUUUUUCCGUUUAUAAAAACAAAAAAGUACGUAUAUAAAUAAUAUUUAUAUAACACAUUCGGGCAUACGGCCAUCGCGAAACUUGUACUAAACGCAAUUUGCAAUAUAAAUUUUUGCAGUUGUAAGACUUGUUACUUUUUUAAGAAAAAUGGACAAUACUCGCAGUUUCUCUGUACAUAUAUAUAUAUAUAUAU